GCUAUGGCUAGAGUCCUAUAUCUCAUUCUUUCAACCAUCUUUCUACCCUUUUCGAUUGUAGCACAACAAAUAAAUGGAAACGGUUCUAUACCAGUGGGUGCAUCCCUCAUAGCAACAUACAAUGGCACACCAUGGCUCUCACCUUCGGGUGAUUUUGCCUUUGGGUUCAAACAAAUUCAGCAAAAAGAUAGCUUUCUAUUAUCCAUAUGGUACGACAAGAUACCUGAGAAUACCGAAGUCUGGUAUCCAAAAGAUGGUCCUAUGGUGCCUAGAGGAUCAAAAGUUGAGCUAACAAAUGGGCGUGGGCUCGUACUGAGUGAUCCUCAAGGUAAAGAGAUAUGGACUUCUGGGUCCAAUAACUCUGAGCUUGCAUAUGGUUUUAUGAACGAUACUGGUAAUUUUGUAAUUGUUGAUAGCAUUUCUCGCAAGAUCUGGGAGAGCUUUCGCUUUCCAACAGAUACCAUACUGCCUACUCAGGUUAUGGAGAGAGCUGAAGAGAUCAAUUCAAAGAUAAGCGAAACAAACUUCUCUACCGGAAGAUUCCAGUUGCGUUUGCUUAAAGAUGGCAAUCUUAUUCUUAGAAAACGCGAUAUACCAUCUGGAAUUUUAUAUAAUGUGUACUAUAGAAGUGGCACUCGUGAUGACUCCAAUGCGACGAAUUCAGGUUUACAAGUGAUCUUUGAUGAGACCGGAUACAUGUAUAUAUUGAGAAGAAGUGGCCAAAUUUUUGAACUUAAUCAAAAAGAUGCACUCCCUUCUAAACUUUAUUAUCAAAGAGCAACUCUAGAUUCUGAUGGGGUUUUCACUCAAUAUUUCCACCUCAAGAAUCCUACUGGCAAUACAAGUUGGGAAGUUUUAUGGUCCCUGCCAAAAAACAUAUGUAACCGGAUCGAUGGAACUGACGGUAGCGGAGCUUGUGGUCUUAACAAUGUUUGCAGCCUUGAUGUUAAUCUUGCAAACUGUGAGUGCCCACAAGGAUUCUCUUUGCUUGAUCCCAAUGAUCCAAAUGGAGAUUGCAAGCCUGAUUUCACUCCAACCUGCGAUGAAGGCUAUGAUAGAGAGCGAUUUGGUUUCAUCGAGCUCACUAACAUUGAUUGGCCAGAAUCUGACUAUGUUCGUGUGCAGCCGACUACAGAAGAAAAUUGCAAAACUUUCUGCCUACAAGAUUGUUUUUGUGCUGUUGCAAUUUAUAGGGACAAACAAUGUUGGAAGAAGAAGCUUCCACUCUCAAAUGGAAAGAAGGAUCCUUCACUAGUUGUGAAGGCCUUCCUGAAAUCUCGAAAAGGUGACUUUUACCAACCACCCCCUUCUGUAUUUUCACCAAAACAUAAAAGUCAGAGAAGCUUGAUAGUUAUGAUCUUAAGUGCAUGUGUGCUUGUAAUUUUCUUAUCCAAUGGUGUGAUUUGCAUGGUCUUCUUUCGGAUAUACAAGAGGACCACCAAAAAUCAUUACCCAAGUAACAAAUCUGUUGAUACCAAUCUGCCUUGUUUCACCUAUCAAGAAUUGGUUGAAGCUACUAACGGGUUCAAGGAUGAACUAGGAAAGGGUGCUUUCGGGAUAGUCUAUAAAGGCGUAAUAGGGGAAACAACCGUGGCAGUGAAGAAGUUAGACAGGGUUUUGAAAGAUGGUGAAAAGGAAUUCUAGACCGAGGUCAAUGCUAUUGCAAAGACUCAUCACAAAAAUUUGGUCCAACUUCUUGGUUUUUGUGAUGAUGGUGAUCAACGGCUAUUGGUUUAUGAGUACAUGAGUAAUGGCACAUUGGCAGGCUUUCUUUUUGGAGACAUGAGACCGAGUUGGAAACUAAGAAGUGAUGUUAUUGUUGGCAUCGCAAAGGGACUUGCAUACCUCCAUGAAGAAUGUAGUACCCAAGUCAUCCACUGUGACAUAAAGCCUCAAAACAUACUUCUUGAUGAUUGCUACAAUGCUAAAAUUUCUGACUUUGGAUUGGCAAAGCUUUUGAUGAUGGAUCAAAGUCGAACGAGUACUGGAAUACGAGGAACAAAAGGAUAUGUUGCUCCUGAAUGGUUUAGGAGCACCCCGAUCACAGUAAAAGUUGAUGUCUAUAGCUUUGGUGUGUUGCUACUAGAGAUGAUUUCAUGCAGAAAGAGUGUGGUUAUUAACGAGAGUGAUUCUAAGGAUGUGGUGGUGGUUUUAACUGAUUGGGCAUGGGAUUGCUACCAAGAAGGUAGACUGGAAGUGUUUCUUGAGAAUGAUUUGGAGGCCUUAGAUGACUACAAGAGGCUAACGAUGUUUGUUAAGGUUGGGCUUUGGUGCGUACAAGAAAACCCUUCAAUGCGGCCAACCAUGAGGAAGGUUAUCCAGAUGCUUGAAGGCGUUGUUGAAGUAAACGAACCUCAAUGUCCAUUCCCUUUCUCUGUUACCUAUAAUUAAUCAUCAA